AUGUCGCAUCCAUAUGCAGACCGUAGAAAGAAACUUUUAGAUCAGGUUAUUGAUUUACCUAACAUCUUCCAUGGUAUCCUUAAGUCCGAUGAUGUGAACGAUCGACCUACAGACGCUAAGUGCCACGAAUUUUUCGAGAUCCUCUUCGAAAUUGUCAUCGAGGAAAAACGAAAACAUCUACUUCCUACAAAGUCAAAUAGGUCCACAGAUGGAAAGCCAAGAAAGCCAACAGCUGUGAAGUCGACCACGAAGCUAGAACAGUCUACCAAGGCCAUAUGUUCCAUUGUGGAGGCUGGAAUAUACAAGUUCAAGAAGAGGACCGUGAAUGCUCUGAUAAUUCACAUUAUUGACACGAUUCCUACAUCAACUGGAGACUAUUUUCAGCCGAUAGUAAAUAAUUAUCUUAAGACUUUGAGCUACCUGCUCGAGAGACCAGCGAAUGCAGCAGGUGUCAAGGAUGUUCGAACUGAACUUAUAGAAUUUUCCAUCAAUGGUAUUGAGUUGUACCUGGGAGACACUGACGAAGACCUGUUGGGGUCUGACAAGCGGAUUAGCCAUCCCUCACUACCUAAAACCUUCUCCGAGCUGGGAAGUAUUCCAAAGAGGUCAAACUCAGUGUCUGAACAUGAUGUAGAAGCCCUUUGUCAAAUCCUCAUUCCACUUCUUUCUACUACCAACGAUCAUUCAUUCUCAACUCUUGAGCGAGUGGGCACCGUGAUGAUGCGCUUGCUUCAGUACCUGAAAUCGAAUCUCCAGUUAGAUGAUGUGGAGAUUUUGGAUCUAAGUUCCCGAAAGAUGAGCCGCGAUCCGUUCCGUCUACAUUGUUUCCGACUCAAAUCUCACAACAAUCGUACGGCUGGCACGGCUGCUGAGCGUAAUUGGGCAAACCUACUCGCCAUGGCCAUCCUAGAACGAUUAGUGAGAGUCAACGAGCACAUACAUCAAGUGAAGCCAAAAGUGGGAAGUGAUUCAGAUGAUUCACAUGACUCAGAUAAUCAUCCACGAAAGCGACAACGCAUUUCGUGGUCAUCUGAAGGAUUACUCGAUCCUCUUAAGUCUGGCGAUCAGAAGAUUCUGUUAGCUGGUCUGCAACUGAUUCCAUUCUUACUGCAAGAUUAUAAACUCCAGCCUUCUUUUCUAAAAGAGUUACUGGUUCAUUUGGGUAAUUGUGCUUUAGACAAGCGUGGUAACAUUGCAUCAUGGGCUUUACUUGGUAUAGCAAGUUGUACAUAUCAGGUAUGUUCUGCAGACGAGUCUUCAAUAAAUUGGAAACAGCUCUGGCAUAACGGAGCUAAAUCGCUCACUUUUGCGGGGACUUGCCGCGCUGCUGCUCUAGCACUUCAUGCAAUUCACGCCAAACACCUGGUAGAUUAUCGUGAUAUUGAAGACAGUGUGAAUGCCAUCAUCACCACAGCGGAUAUUAGUGGCCCGCCAGUCCUUUGCGAAUCGUCGAUUUUCCUAGUCAAUCACUUACUACAGGUUAAAGUUAGCGAAGCACCUGGUGCGAGCCUGGCAGCCUGCCAGCAUGUGAUUUGUUGGCUUUUUGGAAGAUGGAAUCCAGCCGAAAGGUUAUUCAUUGCUCAGUAUGGGAAACAUCUACACCCUUUUAACUUCGUUGCAUUGUUACGAACGAGUCUUGGCCUGCCGAGUUUGCCUGUAUACUCAAACGGCCGUCCUAUAGGGGGUGCACUCUUUCAAGCAUGGCAACAAUACUUGGACAGGGAAAAGGUUCUUCGUUUUCUUUUGCUACUUGACGGCAGUGCACCAGCCGAGACAGAUUUUGCGUGCCGAUACUGCCCGAAAUCUACCACUGAUAAUGAUGUUGUCUUCAAAUUAGAUAGUGCUCACUUCAGUUCUGCUAGGAGAUUGAUCAUCGAAUUUCUGGCAUCCAAAUGUAGCGAGCUUCUACAAAUUUGGAGAAGCUUCAAUGCAGAACGUUCUCCACAGGUCUCAACUGACAUGUAUCGAGGCUCAUUGAAUGCAUGCAUCAUUAGUCUUGAACUAUUACCGCAUUUUGAUGAUGCCGAUCUAGAGCAGUUACCUAUUUUAAGGGAAGACCUUCGAGGCUUGGGCGAUGAGUUACUGGAAUUCUUGAGAAGAUCAGAUGCCAAAGAUUUCCAGGCCACCGACGAUUGCACGGUGCCAACUUCUUUUAUCGAUGCGCUGGUCUCCAUGAAGGAUGAAGAGAUACUCUCGUGUCGAUCACUCAUACGCGAUGUACUUCAAUCCGAUCUUGUUCUUGUAGAAACUGAUGCCUAUCACCUUUUCGAGCGUGUUGGGCAUGUACUUUCAUCAGACGAUUUUCUUGCCAGCGAAAUUGCCAUGUGCGCAUGCUUGGACGUGAUGAUAGGACUUUUGCCUUUCUGGUCAAUGGAAGAACAAAACUCUUUCGUGAAACAUGCUAAGCAACUCUAUGAUUGGUUUAUUUUACGAAUUGAGAGGAGCUCCGACUCUACAGUCGUCCAGCUAGGAAUUGUUAAUAUGCUGCUACAACUUUUGCGAGCAAAUCAGAAUUAUGGGAAUGCCCCUCCUCAGCCAUCGCCGCGUACCAGUCUAUUAAAGCUUCUAGAAAAAGGUAAUACUUCCACGAAGUUCUUCAUUGGUGAUCAGAUCUCGGAAAUAUUUGAGCUUUUGACGCUGAAAGAGCAUGACAAAAUAUUCGUAGAUGUGCUUGACCUUUUACCUUCUGCGCCAGAGAUCGUGGAAGGCAUCGCGUUUCGACUUUAUGUCCUGGCAAAGUUAGCUUCUCGUUGGUCAACUCUUCUGCGAAGAUGUAUUUACCAUAUUUUCGAAACUCCGGGUAGAAUUUCGGGUGCUGUGCGACAUGCCACUUGGUGCUUGUCCUAUGUUGCUUCUGCGCUCGCAGUAGCAAGUCCACAGGAGCUGUUCGCAUUGUUUGCGCCUCAAAUUCUCUACACUUGGCUUGAGGUAGAGGCAAUGGACGAUAUACCGUACCAAAUCUUUGGCUUCGCCGCUCUUCGUGAUUUACUGGUAUUCGCACAGGAAGAGACUUGCGCCAUCAUAAUGAUGCGGGGUUAUGAGGCCCAACUUGACCACCUCGCUGAGCUGUUAAAUGUUCCCGCAACUCAAUUACUUCAGACAUGUUUUUCGAAGGCCAUGGCAUAUUGUAUUGCAAACAAUAUAAGCAUACCCCCGUCGAGCGACAAGAAACGUAUAAGUGGUGAGGCCCGGCUGAAAAAUCGCCUCGGCAAAGAAUUGUUCUUAGAAUGUGUCAAUCUGCAUUUUACAGACAUACUUGCUACCUUGUUUAAUGUCAUAGACCAGGAGCAACAUGUCGAAAAUUCAUUUGCCAAGGAUGAGAACUUAGUAUAUGCCGCCAAAAUCAUGGUAGAAAUCAAAUCUCUGAGCUCGUCUGAGAUUACCUUGCCCCCAGGUCAGCAACCUGCAUUCAAAGCAAAGUAUCUCCUACAUGAAAUCAAACAUUUGUGUACAAGGACACUGCAUGAGGCAGGUGAUCUAUACACUCCAAGCUUAGUAGCUUUCAUUGCUAGAAAAUUACUUAGGACUAUCCAUCCUGCACUUGGGUCGCUGCAUGCUUGCUCUGUACUGCGAAAACUUCGUGUUUUAAUCUCGCUUGCUGGAAAUGCUGCGACUCAAGGUUAUCCUUUGGAAAUGCUUCUUCGAUCUAUAAGGCCUUACAUCAAGGAUCCUGAAUGUGCAGAUGAUGCCAUUGGUAUUUUGCAAUAUCUAUUAAUCCAGGGCUCAGAAUACCUAAAGCUGUCACCAUCUUUCGUCGCAAGCAUUACCCUUUCGAUACUUGGUUCUCUACGUGUAUUCAUGCAGGAGCGUAGAUCGAGCACAACUCAGGAGAGUCAACAUCAAGCUACAAUGUCCAAGGCCCAGAAAUUUCAUCUUUGGGUUGGGAAGUAUGCCUCCAGGUAUGACUCUCCCGCUUUGGCGGGGCCUUUGAGUUCAAGUUUUAAAUCUCUCGUGGCCUCUGCUCAAGAGGUCCGAGCAAUCGGAAACGCUGAGAAGGGAACAAUAGAGAGCACAUUACUUGAUCGGCUACUGGAGGAUGAGAAGAAUGGGGGCACUUUACUGACUCUACCUGCUCGAAAACUUGCACUUAGUAUGCUGUGCUCCGAGUUUGAAUGCCCUACUUCUUUCAGGACCGAUAUAUACGGCGAAGAUGCAGCCGCAGAAGCAAGAGCUGCUGUCGUGUGGAAGUCUUGCAGAGGAAAUUCGUCGAAUAAACAAUACAUGUCUUGGGCCGCGCGCGUACUCGGAAGAGCCUUUGCGGCUACUGGGCACGUGCACCACGAACUUCUGCAAGAAUCAACAUUAUCGAAGAUGAAGGAACUUAAGACAUCAUCCGAAGUUAAUCUUCCAUCACGGGCAUGCAUAUUGAGUAUUCUUCAAUCGAUACUUUUGGGGGAUGAUAGUUCAGCAGCGGGAAUUGCUGAAACAACUUUACGUAUCAUUGUUACAACUUCAGACCAGCAGAUUUUGGAAAUUAGUCGCCAAAGUCUACCGCCACCAGUGUUCGAAGCGUCAGCGUGGAAUCCUUAUCCCGUUCCGCCAUGUGAGAUCGCGGAACCCUCGAAUGAUAUGAAUAGUUUAGGGACUCAUCUAGAGACAACCUCCAUCCUUUCUCCUAAUUGGCUACAAAACCUCUCGAUUGCAUUGGUCAGAGCUGUCCCUAAAGAUCCCAUACUCUGCGCCCUAGCCCCUGUCCUUAGGGAUGUACCAGAGUUUGCUGAUCAAGCAUUCCCGUUCAUUCUCCACCUCGUACUCUCGACGGAUUUACCAGCACAGAAAAAUAGCCGCAAUCAAAUCUCUAAUGCAUUCGCGGCGUGGUUUUCCGAAAGUCAAGCCGUCGAUAAGAACAACCUGAAAACUCUGAUCAACUCGAUUCUAUAUUUACGUACUCAACCCUUACCCCACGAGAAAUCCUCGGCAGACCGUUUGCAUUGGCUAGAUCUCGACUACCUCAAAGUCGCUACAGCUGCCAUACAUUGUGGAAUGUUUAAAACGGCUUUGAUAUUUGUUGAAGAACAUCAGUCGAUCCCAGUCAAAUCAUCUCGACGUUCUUUAACGAUGAAAGAUGGAGGUGAAGCUCCCGAACUUCCGUCAGAUUUGCUUCUCGCAAUUUUUGAGAACAUUGAUGACCCAGAUCUAUAUUAUGGGGUGCAACAGACAGCCAGCUUAAGCACGAUAUUGGCAAGGCUAGAAUAUGAGAAAGAUGGGCCCAAAAGUCUCGCUUUCAGAGGUGCACAAUAUGAUAGCCAUAUCAAGCAGCAAGACCCUAGAGCCGUUCAGGACGCGCAAUCUCUUGUUAAGGCUCUAGAUAUGCUUAGCCUGAGUGGUCUUUCGCUCUCGCUACUGCAAGCACAACAGAGUUCUGGAGUAGCCGGUACGUCCUUAGAUUCUAUGUUUCGUACCGCCCGUAAACUGGAGCAAUGGGACAUUCCAGUUCCUGCUAGCGACAAUCACUCAGUAACAAUCUACAAAGCUUUCCAAGCAGCUCAUGUUGCUACAAACCGCGGAACACUCAUGAAAGCAAUAGAUAAAGGACUUGAGGGCACAAUGGAACGCCUCGUGCGAGAUGACCUUAGCGCCAGUGCCCUUCACGAAUCGCUUAGAACAUUGGCGGCUCUUUCCGAAAUGGAUGAAGUUCUAAGCUCUCAUGGGUCCGGAGAAUUAGAAGAGGUCCUGUCAAGAUUUCGAAAUCGCUCUGAAUGGAUGAAGACCGGGAGAUUUGAUGACAUUAGCCAGAUGAUUUCUUGUCGGGGAACAACUUUAAGUACCUUAAGCCAGCAACCACGCCUUAGAGACAUACUCAACCUCUCUCCUAAAGAUACAAGACUAGUUGAGGUACAUGUUGCACUCAUCUCUUCGUCGCUGAAUCGUGCUCAUGGUGCCCUGCAAGAAUCAUUAUCUCUGACAACUUCAUUAAUCGAUCUUAUCAAACCCUGCCAAUCCCUAGGUAUGGAAAUUGAAGCUGCGGUUCAUAUGGAGACCGCAGAUGCAUUGUGGGAGCAAGGUGAAAUGACGUCUUCGAUAGGCAUAUUACGGGCCUUGGACAAUACAUCCUCCUUAAAAGCACAAACUAUUUCUGUUGGUCGUCCCGAUCUGCUAUCUAAGAUUGGUCACCAAGUCUCCGAAGCCAGACUAGAGAAGCCUGAUCGUAUCAUUGAAAAAUAUCUAAAACCUGCCCUCAAGGACUUAAAAACGUCCGACGGUCAUGAAGCUGCGAAAGUCUUCCAUCAAUUCGCUGUGUUUUGUGAUCAACAACUACAGGACCCUGAUAGUUUGAAAGAUUUGGAGCGAAUGAAGAAGUUAAGCGAGAUGAGAUCCAGUGAUGUCGCUGACUACGAAGAACUUCUGAGGAAGGCAACAUCAUCAACAGAGAAAGCAAGGCAUAAUAAUUAUUUAAAGAAGGCCAAGACAUGGCUCGGACUAGACGAGCGAGAAUAUCGUCGCCACUGCUCCAACAGAGAUGAGUUUUUGCGCCAAUGCUUGGAGAAUUAUCUUCUCGCUUUAGCUGCUUCGGAUAACCAUGAUAGCAAUGCGCUACGGUUUACAGCACUUUGGCUUGAACAUUCUGCAGAGAAUUUUGCCAAUGAAGCUGUCGCCAAAAUUUUACCCAAGGUACCUAGUCGAAAAUUCGCUACGCUGAUGAACCAACUCAGUUCUCGUUUGCUUGACAAUGAUUCGAAAUUCCAGCGGCUUCUCUUCAACCUAGUAUUACGAAUCUGCACGGAUCACCCAUAUCAUGGUAUGUACCAGAUAUAUGCUGGGUCUCACAGUCGGCCAAAUACCAAAGAUGAAAUAGCUAUCUCAAGGAACAAAGCCACUCUCAAGGUUUCAGAGCAACUCCAAAGGGCUGAGAACUCACGGGAAAUCUGGGCUGCUUUGGGUUUUGUCAUACAGCCAUAUACUCAGCUCGCAGGCGAGAAAGAUGAGCAGAAGUACAAAACUGGUAAAAAGCUCUCGAUUAAAGAUUCCCCUGCUGGAUUAAAACUCAACAAUAUUGUGAGGAAGUACUCCAUACCUCCUCCAACAAUACAAAUAGACCUUCGUGCAGACAAAAAUUAUUCCAAGGUUCCAAAGAUGGUUAGAUUCGAGUCACAGAUGAGUAUAGCAUCUGGAGUAAAAGGUGGUAAUGAUGAUCUGCGCCAAGAUGCCAUCAUGGAACAGGUAUUCGCUCAAGUCAGCGAAUUGUUGAAAACGAAUAGAGCUACCCGACAAAGAAACCUCAGCAUUAGGACAUACAAAGUCCUACCAUUGACCUCUAUAGCUGGAGUCAUCGAAUUCGUGCCAAGCACAAUCCCUUUGCAUGAAUAUCUCAUGCCAGCACACGAGCGCUUCUAUCCAAAAGACCUGAAAGGAACUAUAUGUCGUAAAGAGAUUGGGGAGGUUCAAGGCCAGCCAACUGAAACACGAAUCAAGAAAUUCAGAUGGGUCACAGAUCGUUUUCAUCCCGUUAUGCAUUGUUUCUUCACAGAACACUUCAACGAUCCUGAUGAAUGGUUUACCAAACGUCUAGCAUACACACGUAGCACAGCUGCCAUAUCGAUACUAGGCCACGUCCUCGGAUUAGGUGAUAGACAUGGUCACAACAUUCUUCUCGAUUUUGAAAGCGGUGAAGUGGUACAUAUUGAUCUUGGUGUGGCAUUUGAAAUGGGUCGAGUUCUUCCGGUUCCUGAAUUAGUACCUUUCCGCCUCACUCGAGAUAUUGUCGACGGAAUGGGCAUUACGAAAACCGAAGGCGUGUUUCGAAGAUGUUGUGAAUUCACUCUUUCUGCUUUACGUAAGGAAGUCUAUAGUAUUAUGACGAUUCUUGAUGUUUUGCGAUAUGAUCCAUUGUACAGCUGGUCUAUAUCACCGGUACGACUUGCAAAACUGCAGGUGGCGCAAAGCGUUGCACCGGAAUUUCGUAUGGGACACGAGAGAGCUGGUGAAAAGCAAGCUGUCAAUCAACCGAGCGAGGCUGAUAAAGCUUUGACUGUGGUUAAUAAGAAAUUGUCUAAAACAUUAAGUGUGGAGGCUACAGUCAAUGAUUUGAUCAAUCAAGCGAGUGAUGAGAGGAAUCUUGCCGUUUUGUAUUCAGGUUGGGCUGCAUACGCGUAA